AUGCCCAGCCCGUCGAGGGCCCAGGUCACGACAUCGCCGAGGAUCACGACGCCGGCAACGGCCCACGCCCAACAUUUCAACACGGAAGAUUUCAUCAUGGGCCCAGAUACAUGUGGUUUUACCACGGGGACGACGAUCACAUGUAGCAAUCCAUCCGACUACUGCCAGAAUAUUGGCCAUUAUCGUGGCUGCUGUGCGGGUGAGCUCGAUCAGUGCAGUGCCACAGUCUACACAACAUGUCAGGAAGGGUUGGCCGAUGCUUACCAAGCUCAUGUUUUGUAUUGCACCGGUGACUCACCAGCUUGUAUGACGCAUUAUUUCACCACGGAAGACAGCCCCGGCAGCACAUAUACCAACGUGGCUUGCGGGACGAGUGAUGUGUUUGGACAGCUGUACCCAUAUCCGCCCGAGUUGAUGCCCACGACUUCGGCAGCGGCACAUCCGAAAAACAGCACCACGCCCUCCUACGACGACGAUUCAAAUGGGAAUAAGCCUGUAUCAACUGGCGCAAUAGUUGGUGCCAUUGUCGGCGCCAUCGUCCUCGUCAUCCUGCUCAUCAUCUCCACAGUCCUGAUUGCGAGGCGAAAGAAGCUGCAAGCGCACCUCAACACUUCUGCCGCGGCGGCGGCCAUGAAUGUAAAAAAUGGAAGAAAAGUCGCAUCGGACAAUCCGGACGCCCUCCCUGCCAUGCCGACCAGCGAGGCCGCCGAGGCAGAGCGCCGACGGCGUCUCCGCCUGUCCACAAUUCCGGAGGCCCUGAGCCCCACAUCCCCAACGACUUCACGGGGCGCCGGGUCGCGCUUCAACCGAAAGUCGGCACGGCGAUCGUACGGACCCAACUGGCCGCUGGGCUCAGCCGACCCGCUCGAGUCGCAUCCGAUGCCACCCCCGCCCCCGCCGCCGUCAACGCAGCAGACCCCCGAUCCGGAAAAGAGGACCGGUAUCGAACAAGAGACAGCAAACACACCACAGAUCCAAGCCCCGAGAAUGGUGCCGACGCUAAAUCUGCCCACGCCGCCGCCGCCCACAGCAGCAGCAGAAGGUCACAAACCAUCUUCCGGAACCCUAGUUCCACAGCUUGAAAUGGAGCCGGUAAGCCCCGUGGAUGACGACACACAAAGCAUCCGCGUUUCACCCAUUACACCCGACUCGACACGGGUAAUGCUCACAAGUCCACGCCUGAGCUAUCACCCCGUGAGUCCCAUGGACGCGGCCUUUAACGACGAGGUGGAGAGGCGGGUGAGCCGGCUCGAGGGCGCGGGACCACCCCCUGUGCUGUCAGCAGGGAGUGUUGGUGCUGACCGGUCGGGCGAGGUGUCGCCGAUUGAUGGCGACGACAAUGGUGGCGCGCAUCCGCUUGAUAAUCGGCUCAGUCUCAUUUCCGUGCCGACGCGGGGCCAAGAUGGCGCUGCUGCGACAAAUCUGGACGAGAUUGUCAGUCCCGUGAGCCCCGAGGAUGAAGAGGACAAGUCCGGGCCGGGGGUCACCGCAGAAAAGAAGGUUGACGACAAGGAAGAAGAGAGCCAGAAUGCGGGUGAAGUGAGCCCCAUGUCAGUAAGUCCGGUUGAGAGCCGGAGAAGUAGUUUGUGGAGGUAA